CGCGCCCGCUCGCGCGUCCCCGGGGAGAACUACAGUGCGCGCGCCCGGACGGGGGGGGGGCUCCCUCAGCUGCUGCCAUCGCUGCCAGCUUCCCCCCCGCCUUUCGUCCUGCCCGCCCUCCUCCGAGAGGGCUCCGGGCCCUGCGCGGCGGCCGACGGGAACCCCAGGCGGGGACGUGAGGUACAAGAAGAAAAGGAAAGAUUUGAAGCACUUUUCACGAUCUACGAUAAUCAAGUUACAUUCCAGUUGUUUAAAAGCUUUAGAAGAGUAAGGAUAAAUUUCAGCACCCCGGAGGCAGCAGCAAGAGCACGAAUAGAAUUGCAUGAGACAGACAUCAGUGGGAAAAAGCUGAAGCUGUAUUUUGCACAGGUCCAGAUGUCCAGUGAAGUAGGAGACAAGUCCUACCUCCUUCCCCCAGAACCUGUCAAACAGUUCCUGAUAUCGCCUCCUGCAUCUCCACCAGUUGGGUGGAAGCAGAGUGAAGAUGCAACUCCUGGAAUAAACUAUGACUUACUCUGUGCUGUUUCCAAAUUGGGUCCAGGGGAGAAAUACGAGCUUCAUGCAGGAACGGAGUCUACUCCUAGUGUAGUCGUUCACAUUUGUGAAAGUGAAACAGAGGAGGAGGAGGAAAUUAAAAAUCCCAAACAGAAAAUCCUGCAGACAAGGCGCCCAGAUGCUACUCCAACAAUACUAAAUGAAUCUAAAACAUUUGAUUGUACACGGGAGGUAGGGGGUACCAUGCACUGUUAAGUCUUGUGAUGCUGUAAACAAUAUCUAUAUGAGGAUAUUAAAUUAAUACAUGUAUUGAUGUCUGCAUUGCUGCAUUAUAUAUGGCAGCAGGAGAUUUUACUUGUAGUUGUCUCUCAUGUUCAAGUUCUUAGAUGCCAAUAUUCUAAACAGCACUUUAAUUUUUAAGAACUAACCCCCCCCUCCCCCAGUGUAGCAAAUCCACCAGAUUUAAAAUAAUGGCAAAGCAGGAGGUUGGUUUUUUUGAAGAUAUGUUCACAUUUUCUUGAUAUUGUAUAGCACGGUGUACCAAAUGCUGAAACAAUAUCUUAUCAGUACCAUCUAUACUAUUGGUUACAAAAUAGUUUAUUUUAGAACAGUCAAAUGUGAUAUUUUUUGUACUGGUACAACAGCUUAUAUUUAAUCAAUAUAUUAAUUAGAAAUGUAAUAUACGGUGUACACUAAAAUUCCUCCACAGAUUGGCCCAUUUGUGAACAUGUUCCGGUUACUUUUCUCAGAAAUGCCAAAUACUUUUUAUUUUAAAGGUACCUUUA